CAGUAGUUGUGUUGUGUGGCUCCACGGCGCUUCGGCUCAGAUGAGCUCACAACCAAUGCGCACAUCGUAGGAUCCUAUCAACGUGAGAAGGAGCAAGGACAUCGAGCGGCAGCCUGGCAGAGUCAGUGGGAAGUGUGGGAGCUUUUGCGUAAAGCCUGUCGACAAAGUAAACAGGGAGAGCGGCUCCUCAGACUGGAUCAACUCAGUUGUUUUGGGGUUUUAUUUGAUGGAAGAAAAAACACUAUUUCUGAGGCAGAGGCGGGACUGGACUGACUGCUGGAGCGAUGAGAAGAACCCCACUUUGGAGAUGUUGUGAAUGUUCUUUCUUGGGUAAAAUGCAGCCUGUCGUCUGUCCUCCACUCUCCACUUCAAGCCAGGCUGCUCAUUUGGAAGGACGCCAGACCUCCAGCCUCUCAAAUCUGCAAGUUCAGUCCAAUAAUUUGUGACAUUGUCCGUCAGCCCUGGAAUAAGACAUCGAUACUUUCAAGAAGGGACGUGAUAUUCCUCCGGAAUUUUAACGAUCCCGCGCGCUUUCCUUAUAAAUAUGCGACUCGCUUGGAUUAGGAUGGUGUGGUCCAGCCUGUCGCUUUUUUUGCUGGAGCAGCGCUGAUAGUGACUGAUUAUUGCUGUUGAUUUUUUUUUUUUUUUGUCCAUGCAAGACCCGCGGUGGAAACAUGUCUGGCCACUUCUCUGAGAGGAUCACUGCUAUCAGAGAUGGCAUUUUGGUCCAGCACUUCGGUUUUCACCUCUAAAGUGCCCCGGAAGAUCUUAUUCAUGUUCACCCUUUCCCUCUCUGUCACCUACUUGUUUUACAGCUUGAUGAGCUGCUACAACUCGCUGCAGUUCCCCCUGCAAGAUAACUACGUGUUUCAGGGCCGCCUGGUGACAGAGGAGACAACUUUUGCCACAUUGAGGGGGAAACUUUACUCCGCUUCCCAGGGUUUCACCCAAUUCAGCGAGGCUGACCAGAGCGCGCUGGCCAGCGUCCGGGAUCAUGCCGAGGCCGAGCAGAGGACCGUGGAGUGGAUUAGGACUCCGGCGUCUCCCACCAAGCCGGCGGCGGCGUUCCACACCACCGUGCUGGAGAGGGAGCACCAGGAGUUCAGCACCACGGACAGCGAACUCCGCCUCAACUGCACUUCGGAUUACGGAGAGAAGAAACUUCCGCAAGCCAUCAUCAUCGGGGUGAAGAAAGGGGGGACCCGGGCCCUCCUGGAGGCUCUCAGGGUGCACCCUGAUGUGAGAGCCGUGGGGAACGAGCCACACUUCUUUGACAGGAACUACGAGAAAGGGCUGGACUGGUACCGAGACCUGAUGCCUUCAACGCUGGAAGGGCAGAUCACCAUGGAGAAGACGCCCAGCUACUUUGUAACUAACCAUGCCCCUAAGCGCAUCCACUCUAUGGCCAAGGACAUCAAGCUUAUUAUUGUGGUGCGUAACCCUGUCACUAGAGCCAUUUCAGACUAUACCCAAACUCUGUCCAAGAAACCUGAAAUCCCCACCUUUGAGGUUCUGGCUUUUAAGAACCGGACGCUGGGUCUUAUAGAUGCCUCCUGGAGCGCAUUGCGUAUAGGAAUAUAUGCCCUACACCUGGAAAGUUGGAUGCAGUAUUUUCCUUUGUCCCAAAUGCAUUUUGUCAGCGGAGAGAGGCUCAUCGUCGACCCAGGAGGAGAGAUGGCAAAAGUACAGGACUUCCUGGGACUUAAACAAAUUGUCACUGACAAACACUUUUACUUUAAUAAAACUAAAGGAUUUCCUUGCCUGAAGAAGCCAGAGGACAGCAGCACUCCCCGAUGUCUCGGAAAAUCCAAAGGGAGAACUCACCCUAAAAUUGACACAGAUGUGAUCCGGCGACUGCACAAGUUCUACAAACCCUUUAACAUGAUGUUCUACCAGAUGACUGGUCAGAACUUCCAGUGGGAGCUGGAGGAGGACAGUGAACCUCGCAGCUCCCAGGACUAGCAUGGCACAACUCGGCCACACCACCAGCCUUCUCACUGAUCCUAUCGUCCUGCUUCAUCAUAAAAGAGUGCUCAAGCAGGCCGCGGCUGUCCUUGCAGUGUCUGUGUUCAUUAGCAAAGGUUUACUGACAUGCUUUUUUGACGAUGGCCAAUCAUUAUUGUGUAUACAUAAAAAUAUAUUUAUAUUUGUGUAAAUGAGAUGAUUUAUUCCUUUUGUUUUCUAAAGCAUUGAACUGAUAAAAUCAUGUUGACUAUGGAGAUGCAUGCGAUGAGUUAAGUGUCCUUACCCCUCAUGAGACCUAAGGCUAAACUCUGCCUGUUUCUUCUCCCUUUAUUUUCCCUGCAGUUUGUUGCCCUAACACCCACUCAGCACCGUUCAGCACAAAAGAUCUUCUAUUUUAAUGGCUGAGGCCAUGGAAUACUUUGGGUUUUUUUCUUUCCUCAACACACGUCUGCUGCUUUAGAAGAAGGAGAAAGGAGGACAUAUAUAGUACUAUAAUCCUUUGACAUGUGCUUAUCUUUUUAUAGUUCAUAUUCUGAGUUGAGACAAUCCUUUUAAGUUUGCCAAAGUGUUCAUUUACUGUGUGCCACUGUUCUGGUUGCUCGGCACUCAUUAAUUGCCUGCACAUUCAAUAGGGGAGAUGAUGUACAUUGGCCAUCAUUCAAUAAUUGGAUUGUUUCAUUGCACAGUUGAACAUUAGCAUACUGAUGACCAUGCACUCUGAUGUGGCGCAGUAUCAAUGGCUUGGGUUUAAUUUCACAAAUGAGUCCCUCCACUUCCUGUGCAUCAGACGAUCCUGCAUCUGGACGGAAAUAUUUCGCCCCGCCAGAGCACACCUAAAGUACUAUUUGGCCCAGUUUACCUUGUGAACUUCUUCACUUUUAUCCCAGUAAUGGUGCAAGUGACUGGGAAAGGAAACUACAGCAGGACCUAGCAAAAGUUUGUCACCAAACAUCUGCAGCAACGUGGCCUGUCUGUCAUUACAGAUUAAUGGUGUGUUAAAUAAACUGCUGCUGCUGGAACAAAGUCAAUGUCAGAGGGAAUUUGCUGUCAAGGUAAAGCCACAUACAUGCCCAGGUAAAUUACAAAGCCAUUACAGUAUGUGCUUAACGUGAAUAAGGCCAUUUCAACCAGGGAAAUGUGGUGGAACCAGAGGUUUAUUAGCAAAUGUGACAAACACAGAUCUGCUUUUAAGUGUCGAAUACUCAUGCACUGACGGAACGUGACACAUUUUCUCUUUAUUACUAUUAUAUAUAUUUUUUAUUUUUCAUUUCCCGUUGUGUGUGUCUGUUGUCUCUGAACUUUUCAUCAAUUGAGACAAUCAAUACAGUCAAUGAGUCAAUAAAUACAGUCUGCAACAAAUCGAUGGUUGCUACAGCUAUGAUGCAUUGCUCUGUUAAUCCUUCCUGUUCUCUUGCCAUGGAUGGCCGGAUUGGUUCACUCUCUGCAGACCUCUCUGUCACCCCAGGGACACCGACACCAGCAGCUACUUACACAGAGCAAUUGAUUCAAUCAAAGUAAGAGCCAUUCUGCCCUUUGUAGCACUGAACCUGAUCACUUACCUCCAAGUUGUAACAUCCCACAGUCACAACUUCCACUUUGAGGUUUUUCCUGUGCAACCAUGCCUUGGCGUUUUUUUCAGCCAUCUCUCUGUAUUUACCACCUCUGCUUUUCCAUGUCUGCUCACACAUGUUAUCCUCUGACUCAAUGCAAAGCCACCAUCCAGGGGAGCUGUACCCUAGAGAUAACCACACUGCAAGCCCUACAUGCUAAUUACGAAUUUAUAACAAAAGUUUAUUAUUUUUUUUUUCCCCUGCAAGUUGCACAACAUAUAUCACCCACCUUUCAAACCAGACAAUCCCACCAAAUAAGGCAUUAAAAGAAACAACAAAAGGUCCCCUGCAGUGUUUUUCAGAGAGAUGAAGACUUCAUUUUUUAAGCAUGAAUAUGCAGUGUGGUGUCAUUUGCAUUUUUAAAAUCAUAUGCUUUGGGGAAUUCUCCAAAAGGAGAACUCAGAUCCGACCUUAUUAAUUGCAACACACUCGCACCUGUUUUUUUGAUACUUCUAGUUAGUUUUAGUUACAGACAGAGGGCUGGUACACGUCCUAAGAGGCUGAUGGUGCAUGAAAGACAUGCUAAACUGCCCUUCAUUUGUUCCUCCCAUUGGGAGGCGGACCAUGUUAUAUGGCUCAACAGUGUUUCCCUUAUCACUUAAGGAAAAUUGUGAUGGCAAUCAUCUGCUCACCAUACUGCCAUUGCUUCAGGAGCAUCCUUUCUGAAACAAAUUAUUGACAAUUUCACUUUGAUGGUGCAUUAAUUUAGGUCACUCUUGUGCUGUCUGUACAGGACACGUUUUUGGUCCAUCAUAGGAUUUACAGUUUUAAAAUGAUAACCAAAGGUCGUUUCCCAGAUACAUUUGUAAAGAAAACCUCUGUAAGGAAAUGUUGAGGGGUGGCCUUUAUGCCUUAAUGGAUUCAAAUGCGACUCAUGCAUCGGCAUGUUAUUGAUCUUCAAACUAGAGAUCAAAUCCAUCCUGAUCUUUUAUGUUUCACCAUCUUAAUCUUCAUGUGAACGUGUGGAGGUGUGUGUGUGUGUGUGGGUGUUGCCAAGGACAACCCGUGUGCUGUAACUGAGCACAUAAGACUCAUUCUCUCCUUUAUCUUCAGCAAGACUCCAAAUUACCAUUUUAAAUUUAUUCAAGUGGUGCCCUGCUUUGUGGAGUAGAAAUGAUUUUCUAUGCAUUUUAGAGUUGGAGCCACUGUUGUCACACAGACUCUAAUAGUCAUUACAAAACACAAGACGGGGAGUCUGAAAUAAUUCUUGAAACAAUUUCCUUUCACACAUGGUUCCAACAAUAUCAAACAAUCUUGUAUCACAAAUGGUUCCAAUAACAUCAGAUGAGCAGUUCCUGCUCCUUUCACGGAGCAAAGUCAGCACCAGAAGUAAUCAUUUUCAUCUAUCGCUGCUCCCCAAAACAGAAACUUCCCCUUUAACCACCUUUGGAGAGGAAAAGCAUCCGCUCAUAAAUCUUAACUCUGUUCUGUUGUCUGUACCGCGAUGUGUGAUUUCCUAUCCCUGCUGCCCCAACACAUCUCUGAGACCACCUUUAUCACACAACAUUCCAAAAGAUGUUUUUACAACAGCAUGAUCCACAUAUUCUUCUGCAACCACUUCAACCAUUUUGUUUAGAAAUGAACAGAUUGUCAUAUUUGACAGUUUUGCAAAAAUAAAGAUUAAGUUCCACCUAAAUCUAACACAAAGAAUUGGUAUUUUUAACUCAGUGUUUUGCUGAUUCCUAAUUCAUCCUUUUGUGUGGUUGUAAUUAAUGAAGCUCUUUGUGUUUGUGGGAGGCACUGGGAGACCUACAAAGGUCUGCCUCAGCACACACAACUUCAAAAACAAAUAAAAAAAAAAA